AUGGCCAGACAGUUGAUAAUCACCAUUUUUCCGCGAAACUUGGCUGGCGAUAGCUCUCCAAUGUACAGCGGUGCAAUCAGAGACCCAAUACCAACACCAAGACCCAUAACCAGUCGUCCGCAAAUCAUAUUGACGACUUUCGAGGCCGUCAGCUGCAUUAACGCCCCGGUGACAAACAGAACGUUGCAGAGAACAACAGUGAACUUGCGGCCACAAGUGUCUGCUAUAAACCCGGCAAAAAUACAGGCUAUCAGCGCUCCAAGCGAGGUUCCACUGGUGAUCCACUCUUUCUCUUCAACCAACAAUUCUCUCCCGUCGAGGUCCGACCCGAUGGUCACCAGCACAGAGGAGAUGUAG